GUUCAAUGGGGAAGAGUCCUAAAUUAUGUAGCAAGUGCGUUUAAAAAGAAACGGAACAAACUUUUAUGUUUUCAUGCACAUCAUCAAGAAACAGAACGUAUCUUAACAAACAUGGGUUUACUUACGGAUCCUAGGGCUGGAACCGGUAAAAUCAUAAAAUUAUUGCUAAAAUGGGAGAAACCACUAUGCUUUGUAUUAUAUGCAGGAGGAGUUAUAUGGUUAAUGCUUCUGGCAUUACCGGCAUUUAACGAUAAUACUUAUUUUUCUGAAAAUGCUUUACUGCCUGGAUUAGUCACAAAAGAAAGUAAUCUGGAACAAACGUCAAAACAAUACUACUAUGAACUAAUUCACGAAAUGAAGAGAUAUCCAAAUAGCAUGCCUUAUGUAUGGCUUUCGGCAAAAUUCAGUCAACUUCAUUUAGAUGUAUUUGUACAUAAUUUUUCAUUGAAUUAUCCAUUUCAGAAGCAAAAGUUUGUAGGACAGAAUAUUUAUGGUAUUGUCAGAGCACCACGGGCAUCCAGUACUGAGGCUAUUGUAGUCAGUGUACCAUAUAGACCUAUUAAUAGCAUUUAUUUAGACACUGCACCUUCAAUAGCUUUGUUGCUUGCAUUUGCAAAGUUUUGCAGAAAACAAAAAUAUUGGGCAAAGGAUAUAAUAUUUCUUGUAACAGAACAUGAGCAAUUAGGUAUGCAAGCAUGGCUAGAUGCCUAUCAUGGUGUUACUAGUGGUCAGAAAGAAAUCUUGAUAGCAGGAGAUUUAUCAGGAAGAGCUGGAUCUAUUCAAGCUGCUAUAAAUCUUGAAUUCCAUGCAUUGAAAGUCACAUCAAUUGAUGUCAAGAUAGAAGGACUGAAUGGACAGUUACCCAAUCUGGAUCUUUUUAAUUUAGCACAAAAUAUGAUAGCCAAAGAAGGAAUUCGACAUUCUUUUCAUCGUCAAUUUGAUGUCAAUUACAGGGAUAAAUUAAAAAAUUGGUGGUAUCAUUUUAAUACAUUAAUGAGUAUGAUAACAGUACAAGCUACUGGGAUUCCAAAUGGAAACCAUGGACUUUUCCAUCGGUUUGGUAUAGAAGCUAUUACAUUAGAAGGCUUUAAGAAAUCUGGAAAAGAGACAGAAGCAAACUUUUAUCAAGUAGGGCGCAUAGUGGAGAGUAUAGUAAGAUCGCUUAAUAAUUUAUUAGAACGUUUCCAUCAAUCAUAUUUUUUCUAUUUAUUACCUUCUACUGAUCGAUACAUUUCUAUUGGCUUGUAUAUGCGGCCUUUGGUACUGAUAAUCGCUAGUGUAUUUAUAAAGGCAUUUUCGAUUUGGCAAAGAUUGCAAACAUUAAGUAGCUCAAAUGAAACGAAAAAUAAACAAGAUUUGACAAAUAAAAUCGAAGAAUUUGAUAUCGGAAGCAUUGCUUCUAAAAUCUUAUGGGCACACAUAUUUGGAAUAUUAGUAAUGGCUUCACCUCGAUUUUUUAUCUUAAUUGGAUCAAAAAUGUUCAAUCUACGUACAGAAGAUUCAUUAUUUAUCAGUUUUGCUUUAAUUACGAUUCUUACGUUAAUGUGGCGCCUUUCUUUAAAGAGAUCAGUCAAAUAUGAAAAUAUAUCGCUCAUUUGCGUUAUUGCAUUGAUUGAAUUAGGUACUACGUUAAUGUGCAUAGCCAUGCAUAAUUUCUCAUUAGCUUUACAAACGGCUGUUGUAUAUGUACCAGUUAUAUUAUUGAUAACACCACACCACAAAUCUGUAUCUAAAUUUCGUAAUUGUCAGUAUAUCACAUGGAUUGUAUUACAUCCAUUCAUCUUAUUGAUGAUUUUUAUAAUGGGCUAUACCUAUCUUAAUUUCCCAACUGAAACUAUUUCGUCUCUGUUUCUCAAAGGCUAUCGCGCUAAUAAGCAAGCACUUGUAUUUAGUAUUGUCGAUUCCAUGAUAUAUGGUAGUUGGUUCUACAAUAUUGUCACUGCUGUUAUGCUACCUAUAUGGCUAUUGUUCUGGAAUGUUAUGCGUUCCAGUACCAUAAUACCUUCGCAAUAAAACAAUUUUAUAAAUCAUGA